AUGGUGUACAAGUCGUUGACUGAAGCUCCUCAUAACCUCAAGGAGGGCAUUGACUGGUUGAUGGCUGUGAAGGGAACUGAUGGAGAAAAGCACUUGAAGGCUAUGGCUGCCGCGGUUCACCAUCUAUUCUCAGAUAUUUCUGCUAGAUUCAAGAAGUCGUCGUCUUUCAAAGAAAUAAAAAGCAUUACUGAGGGCUUCCUGCAGAAACCGGAGAUAAAGGACGAUUGGCUCGUGAAAACCUUGCUGAGAAGAUUCUAUACUCCGGAUAGUACCGAAAAUACAGGGUUUAGGCCGUACUGGCAUAAACACUAUGAUGAGUAUGGACGCGUCGUAAGAGUAAAGGGCACCAAACCUGAAUUCAUAGAAGAGUGCUUAAGCAAUGUUAUGGAUGGUUUUGAGAAGCUCUUGGAUGAUAUCAAAAACCCCGAUGAGUAUAAGUCUGCUUACAGUUCAAAAGCGACUUGGGAGGCAUCAUGCGCAAAAGACCCGGAGGCUUGUGCAAUGGUGCUGGUGGGAAUUGCGCCUAUGUUGUAUGCAGGUCUGCAAUCGUUGCGUACUACAGCCGAAUUUAAAGUAGGACCGUUUCACAAGCACACGUCACGUAAGAAUUUGGGGGACGUUUUGAGAGCCCUGGGUUACGUGGAGCCGGAAUGCCGCUCUGGUAUGAAUGGUUCAUAUAUAUACGAGACUUUUAGAGGUUUGGAUAAGGAUUUAAUUCAUAAUACGUAUGAUCUGGCUGGAUUUGACAUUUUCUAUGCAUCGAAGAAAGCAGCUGUAAAAUCUGGCAAGCUUGACAAGGACGCACAGGAGAUGAUUGACUUCUACGUCAACAUGAAGCCCAUUAACCCUCCCAAGAAGUAUGUGUUGCGCAAACCGCCCAGCACAUACACUGCCACCGGAUCGAACAACAUGUAUUACCCCUGGCUGCCAACAGUGUUGGAUAUGGGUGAUACUGUCCCACUUUAA